AGCAAAUUCAACAAAAAAAAAGUUACAGAAAUGGGAAGGUCUCCGCGUUGUGAUCAAAGUGGUCUCAGGAAAGGUCCAUGGACACCAGAAGAAGACGAAAAGCUUGUCCUACACGUCCAAACACAUGGUCACUCAAAUUGGAGAGCCCUCCCUAAACUUGCAGGACUUAACAGAUGUGGGAAGAGCUGUAGAUUAAGAUGGGAAAACUACCUGAAGCCUGAUAUCAAGAGAGGGGAAUUUUCACAUGAAGAAGAGGAGACGAUUCUAAAUCUCCAUUUCAUUCUUGGGAACAAGUGGUCCGUAAUUGCCAAGCAUCUCCCAGGCCGUACCGACAAUGAGAUCAAGAAUUUUUGGAACACUCGCCUAAAGAAGAAGCUGAUAAAGAUGGGUUUCGACCCCAUCACCCACCAAUCUCGAACUCGCAUCCUCUCCAGCCUACCCCAGCUGAUACCAGUAGAAGCUUAUCAGUUGGCUAGGCUUAUUAGUUGUCUACCACAGCUGAUAGAGAGCUCGAUUUCUUACAACAAUGAAAACCCAGUUCUGAGUUCAUCUCAGUCGGCCGGGAAUCCUAUCUCAAUAAGCCCAAACUCUAUUGGAAUUGCCACAACUCAGUCAGUUCCUGCAGAUUCAAUAUUCCGUUUAUUCUCUCAUUUGCCAGACCUGCAACUGCCAUAUUGCAAUCUGCAAACACCUGAGAUUACUGUAACCAGUCAAGGAGAAAGCUCGCUUCAUGGGUAUCCAGGCCGGGUUUCUGCUUCUUCUCUGCCUCCUCUUCCGCCACCAGUCAGCGAGAUCAUGAUCAGCAACCCCAGUGUCGACGGAUGUAGCUAUGAAGGAGGAUCUCCUUCAUUUUGCCCUGAUCAGCUUCCUCUUGAUGACCCUUUCUUCCAUGAAGUGCUUAGUUUUAAACAAAUGUAAGAGGUUGGAACGGAGUUGGUACCAAGGAUAUUAAUAUUAUCAGGGUAAAUGACUC